UGAAAAAUAUUCUAUAUUUUUAACAACAAUUAUUAUAAGAAUUAUUUUAAAUAAAGAACGUUUUGAGAAAGUCAAUGAAAUUUUAUUAUCCAAUACAGAUUAUUAUUUACCCACAGAAGAAGUUCUUAAAAUUUGUGCUUAUGAACAAAUAUUAGAUACAAAUGAUCAAUCGCAUCAUCAACAAAAAUCAUCAAUUGAUAUAAGUAUAGAAAAUAUACAAGAACAAUCUAAUAAGAACUCUUUAGCUUUGAAUAUCGAUCAACAAAAUACUGAUCGUAGAAGUGAAGAAUAUCUUAAAAAAGAUAUACUGAAAAAUCAAUCAAGUGAAUAUAAAACUGUCAUUCAAGAACAAUUCUUAAUUAAUAUACUUGAUCAUAAACAAUUAAGUAAUAUACAAUUUGAAUUAGCACUUAAUCAAAAUAUGCGUCGACGUCAAGUUAUUCAAACCAAUAUAUUAAGUGAUCAAAUAAAAAAUGCUAAAAUAGUAAAAGGAAAAGUUCAACGAAAAGUUGAUCAUGCUCUUUUAAAAAUGAAUGAAAAUAUACAAUCAUUUUCUAAACCAACACAAAUAUUAUCUCGUUUAACAUAUAAUAGUCUUGUUAAACAACAUGAAUCUCUAAUUGAAAAUAAUCAAGAAUUAUUAGUCAUAGAUAAAAAUAUAAACAAUGAAUUAUUACCAAAUUUACGUUCAUUACUUGAACAAGGGUGUGGGUGUUCAUUAGAUCUUAUACGACAUAUAACAUAUAAUAUAUCAUUAUUAAUUAAAGAAAAUGGUUCAAUCGCUGAAAAACCAUUAAUGAAACAUUUUCAACAAUGUCAAAUUUUAUUUCAUGCAGAUUUUCAAUUAUUACUUAUUCGUUAUGAUAUGAUAGCAUUAGAAGAUCUUAUGGUUCUAUUAAUUGUUAGUAAAUUAGCUAAACCUAAUGAAAUUAAAUCUUAUGCCAAAACAAUAUUCUGUCUUAAUUUAUUAAUUAUGAUCGAUUUUAAUAAUCAUGAUAUGAAAUUUUUACGUGAUUUAAAACUUUUAAGUGAUAUAUGGUAUAAAAGAUAUUUAUUAUCACAAACAAAUGAAACAGAUCGAUGUGUUUCAGAAAUAAUUGAUGAAGAACAAGAACAAGAAGAUCAAAAUCAACAUAAAUUUCAUUCGGCAAUAGAUGAAGAUUUUGAUUUAGAUGCAUAUAAUGAAUUAUUCAAAACUAAAGAAUUACAAUCAAACAUCAAUGAUUUUCAUAAACAACAAGAUAUAAAAAAUGAUCAAACACAUGUUAUUGAACAAUUCUAUCCAUAUGCUUCAAUACUUAAACCUCAACUUCUUCUACCUUAUUUGUCUGAUAAUCAAAAACGAUUAUUUAUGGAAUUAGAUUUUUCUGAAAAACAAAAUAUUGAAGAUUAUAAUAAACAAGAUCAACGCGAAAAUGUUACACAACAAAUGAAUAAAUAUUCUGAUAUAAUAGAAAAAGAAUUUAAUUCAGAAAAACAAGAAAUAUUUCAUAAUUUAAAUAAUCAAUUCUAUAAAUACAAAAAUGAUUUUAAUCAAAUUCAAAAACAUGAAUACUUUGCAAUUCAACCUAUAUUUCGAACACAUCUUGAAUUAGCUAUUCGAACACUUGAUAUAGAUUUACAACUAAUAGGGCAAAUUUUUAAUGGUAAAACAUUAACAGAUAUUAUUCCUAAUAAACCAUCAAUUAUAAUAAAAACAUCUUUGCAAUCUAUGACACCGAUUGAAUUACAAAUUGAUAAAGAUAUAACAUUGAUUCGUGAUAAUUUAUCAACAAUAGCUAUGAAUAUGAAAAAUUGUCAGACAAUAAUUCAUGAAAAGAAAAUAUCACAAGAUUUACUAAGAAUAGAUAUGGUAAGUUAUUAA